AAAGAAAGAAAGAAAGAAAGAAAGAAAGAAAGAAAGAAAGAAAGAAAGAAAGAAAGAAAAGAAAAGAAAGAAAGAAAGAAAGAACUAAGAAUGCCAGAACCUAAUCCAAAUCUGGAUCAACAAGAUCCAACUGAAGAAAACUCUAAUAACCAAGCUCAAGAUUCAAAAAAGAAGCGUACAGGGCCCAAAAGACGAAAAGUAACUCAUGCUUGCGUUUAUUGUAGACGCUCGCAUAUGACGUGUGAUGAAGGUCGUCCUUGUCAACGUUGUAUUAAACGUAGUAUUGGUCAUUUAUGUCAUGAUGAAGUAAAAACACCCAAUAAUACACAGACAGUAACUCAGCAGCAGCAACAACAACAACAACAACAACAGCAGCAGCAGCAGCAGCAGCAACAACAACAGCAACAACAACAACAGCAACAAGUGAAUAACAAUGGUCAAAAUGGGUUAACUCAACAAAGAUUAAAUAGUGGAAAUUAUUCACAUCUAUCUAAUGUAGCCAAUGUGCCAAUUGGAUCAAAUAGUAAUUUGGGAGGUCUUCCAUUACAAUUUUAUGGUCAAAUGGGAGCAGGUCAACUAACGUUUGCAAGUGAACAAAUGGGAAAUGAAAUAUCUGUUAUCAGUGAUUUUCUUGAUUCUCUUGGAGCAACUGGUGAUACCCAAGGAAUAUAUACAACGAACAACAACAAUACUAAUACACCAGCUGUUAAUACUACAGAGCGUUUCUUCUUAACUGCAGCUGAUCCUUCAGAUGGUAAAUUAGAAGAUCGUUUAACAGAAGUGAUAAAUGCAAAAUAUGAAGCUGGAUUUCUAAAGCCUUAUAAUUAUGUAAAUGGCUAUGCUAGGUUACAAAAAUAUAUGGAUAAUAACAUGUCUGCUUCAAGUAGACAAAGAAUUUUAAAUGUAAUGGGAACAUUUCGUCCUGCAUUUAGAUCUGUAGCUCAGUCAUUAACUGACAUUGAUUUGAUCCUUGUAGAAGAAGCAUUUGAACGCUUACUAUUGGAUUAUGAUCGUGUUUUCAGUUCAAUGGGUAUACCAGCUUGUUUAUGGCGUCGUACAGGUGAAAUUUAUAAAGGCAAUAAAGAAUUUGCUGCUCUCGUCAAUGUGCCUAUCGAAAACUUACGAGAAGGGCGGUUAUGCAUCUAUGAGUUAAUGGCAGAGGAAUCUGCUGUUAAUUAUUGGGAAAAAUACGGCAAUAUAGCAUUUGAUCCUGGACAGAAAGCAGUUUUAACCUCUUGUUUACUUAGAAGUCCUAAUCCAGAAAAUACAAGUGUUAUAUCAUGUUGCUUUUCUUUUACUAUUCGACGAGAUAAAUAUAACAUUCCUACUGUAAUUGUAGGAAACUUUUUGCCAAUUCAAUUACAAUAGUUUGCCUCUAUUUAAUUACAUGUUUGUCCCUCCCUUUUAUCUAUUCUUAUUUUUUAUUUUAAAUUUCUAUUUCUUCCUCGAUUCUUUGUAUUAAAACAUGAACAGAAUUAUCCUGUGUUAUAUCACAUAUUCAAAAGAAAUAUCUAUUCUCUUUAAAUCCUUGUACGUUGCAUUAGGCUCUUUAUAUUUAUAUAUUAUGUAUUUUGAUAAAGAUACCUUUUUAAUGAAUGAAUUGCUAUAUUAUGUAA